CGAAGAUGGCUUUUUGAAGGGUCAAUCCGGGACUAAGCUCCCUGACCCUGCAACUCAAAACUCAGAUAAAGAUGUUACUGAUAAUGAACAAACCAAAAGAAGCAGAGAUCGAUUGCUUGUGCCUCAAGAAACCCCCGAAACAUCACAAGGGUUCUCAAUAAACUCGGUUUCUAAUCACGGCAACGUCUGGGGUUAUCACAAUUCCAACCAUCUAGGGGAGAGUUAUGUUUCGAACUUGAAUUUUGGCUCUGGAUUUUUUAUGGGUUCAGUGAACUUCAAUGGUAAUCAUAUUGAUUCUGGGAAUUUUUUAGAAAAUCUUGAUGGAAGUUCGAGUGGGCAAAGGGGUCCGGAAUUUUUCUGUGGAAGUUUAUCAAUGUCAAGUCAUGUUAACCAGUAUAACACGGUACCAAUCCAGAAUGAUGCUGGUAGAAAUCAAUUUGAAAACCAUGGAUUAUUUUCACCCAAUGAAUACUUCAGAUUGAACAAGAAUGGUUUGUGGAGUCAGAAUGGACAAUAUAGUGGCACUGAGAGUGCUUAUCCAGGAAGUGAUUUCUACUACAAUGCUGGUAUUCGAAUUGGCUCAAAUGGCUUGGAAAGGGGAAAUAUUGAUCAAGAGACUCGGUUCAUGGUUCUUCCAGACUUUAUUUUUUGGCUGAUGAGCAAUGCGCACGGACAUGUUCUCUUUGAUGAGUUAAUUGAAUCGUGCGUAGGUAAUGAGUUGUAUUUGGUUGUUGAAAAGUUAUGGUCGAAUAUUGAAUUGUUCAUAGAAACAGCCUUCUGUAGAAUUGGAUCAAAAUCAAUUCAGAAACUCAUCAAAAAGCUUAAGAAGACACCUUAUGCCAGUAUGAUGACAAAAAUUUUAUCCUCCAGGUAUUAUCAAAUGAUGACUCACAACUUUGCGAGGCAUGUUAUCAUAAAAUGCCUAAACGUUUUCGAUAGAAAGUCGAAUGAGAUAUUAUAUGACCAUACAAUAAACUAUUUCGAAGCCCUGGCCAGACAUGAAGUGGGAUGCAGAUCUUUGAAUGAAUGCAUCAAUAGCAUUGGCGGUGACCAGAGAGAUACGCUCCUGAAUCAUAUCGCUGAUUUGUCAGAUUUCCUAUCAAAUGAUCCUUAUGGGAACCAUGUUGUGCAGCAUGUCCUCAUUCUUAGAAAUAAUCUUAUAACGAAGAAAAUAUUGUACCGUCUUCAAGAUCAGUUUAUACAGCUAUCAACUACAAAAGGAGGUAGUCAUGUUGUGGAGAAAUGCAUUGAAUCUUCUACAUUUGGAUGCAGUUGGGUGGUUAAAGAAAUUUUACAUUGUCCGAUAACUCUUGUACGACUCGGUCAACAUAAGUUUGGAAACUAUGUGAUUCAAAAAGCCCUAUUGAAAACAAAGAUAGAGGGCCAGAUGCACCUAUACGAACCUCUUGUUACGAUUCUUGAAGAAGGUGAAAAGGACCUUAAACGCACCGUAAGUGGAAACUAUGUACUUCAUCUGCUUAAAGAGCUUCAGAAAGAUACGUAAAACCCGCGAAAAAGACAUUUUAGAAGGAAUGAAGAAGUUGAAAAAAUAUCAUGUCAUUUUUAGUAUGAUGGCUAAUCUUCUCAAUGAAUUCUUGUUGCUAUGAAGAAGUUGAAGUUUAGUAUAUGUAAUUUGGUACGUGGAAGUUGUUCUUGGUGUGAUUAAGAAAUUUUUUGGUUCAAUGUUAGUACUCUUGAAUGGCAAUGCUGUUUCUUGUUUGGUUUCCCCAUUAUGUUA